CUUGCGCAGGCUGGAGUUGCGGCCCCGCCUUAAGCGUAUAGAGCCUGGCUGCGCCCCCCGCGGUCCCUGGUCAGCCGGUGCUUUACGCUUACGUGAUGCCCCGAUAUUGCGCAGCGAUUUGCUGCAAGAACCGCCGCGGGCGAAACAAUAAAGACCGGAAGCUGAGCUUCUAUCCGUUUCCUCUACAUGACAAAGAAAGACUUGAAAAGUGGCUAAAGAAUAUGAAACGAGAUUCUUGGGUUCCCAGUAAAUAUCAGUUCCUUUGUAGUGACCAUUUUACUCCUGACUCUCUUGACAUCAGAUGGGGUAUCCGUUAUUUAAAGCAAACUGCAAUUCCAACAAUAUUUUCUUUGCCUGAAGACCAUCAGGAAAAAGACACUUCUAAAAAAAAGGCUCAGAAGAAGAAACUGGGAGAUGAAAGAGAAAUGUGCCUAAAAAGUAAAUCUGAAGAAUCAUUUUUAUCAAAUGAAGCCAAGAAAAAUAUAGUUAACAUACAAAUACUCCCUCAGCAUGCAGAAUUACUUGAUUCACCUGCCAUGGUGAAGCCACCAGCAGCAAAACUAGGAAUGAUGCAAAAUAAUAUGUUAACUCCUAAUCUAGUUAAGCAAGAUACUGAAAAUCCAGAAUCUACCUUGGAAGCCUCAAUACACCAAGAUGUAGGUGUAAGUGGUUUUUUCACAUCCUCUGCAAAUCUAAAUUCAACAACUAUUACUUUGACAACUUCAAAUUCAGAAGGUAUAAUUACCAGUCAUCUUACUAAUCCAAACUUUAUAAAUAAUUCUGCGGAAAUUAUGUCAGCACAGGAAAAUUCAUUCUUCUUCAGCCCAGCUGAAGAGUUAAAUACAAAUAAUGAAUCUGUUAUUGCCAUUUUUGUACCCACAGAAAAUUCUAAACCUUCAGUUAAUCUUUUCAUACCAGCCCCAAAAGUAACCAUGACAAUGGAAGACACAGACACUGAAGACUCCUUCUGUAAGGAUGUAGACCGUGAUGCAGAAGUUUUACAAAUUGAACAUUCUUACUGCAGACAAGACAUGAAAAGGGAACAUCUUUGGCAAAAGGUCUCUAAGCUCCAUUCAAAGGUCACUCUUCUGGAGCUGCAAGAACAACAGACUCUAGGAAGGUUGAGAUCUCUGGAAGCUCUUGUAAGCCAGCUAAAGCAGGAAAACUGGAUAUCUGAGGAAACUGUCAAGAUUAUAGAAAACCACUUCACAACAUAUGAAGUCACUAUGAUAUAAAGAGGUUGUAAGGCUACCAUUUUAUAGAUGCUUUUUCCAGCUAAACCAAAUCAUGUUAAGUGUUUUUUUUUUCCUGUAGAUAAAGUUCUUACACCAUGAAAGUGCACUAAUGUUACUUAAUUGCAUCCUAUUUUUAAUAUGCUUACUGUAAGAUGAAAAACUAGUUGUUGGGCUGAAGAAACAUUUUUAUACUUGAUAAUUUUCCAAAUUAUAAUUAAAUUAAAACAGUAAGAUUUAAUUUAUAAAAUGGGAAAAACUACAUUGUUAAAACAUCCCAGACCAGAUCAGUUCUGGUUCUCUCACUGGCAUAUCUGACAUGAGCAAGAUGUUUAUCAAGCUUGAGCCUCAGAGGGCUGGGGGAUGUAGCUCAGUGACAGUGCAUGUGCCUAGCUUGUGAAAGACCUUGGGUUUGUGCAGCACUGGGAGUAGGAGAGGACCCUCAGUCCCUAAUCUGUAAAAUAAGGGCACAUCUAGAUCAUUAAGAAUCUAUUUAUGGGCUGGAGAGAUGGCUUAGCGGUUAAGUGAUUGCCUGUGAAGCCUAAGGACCCCGGUUCGAGGCUCGGUUCCCCAGGUCCCACGUUAGCCAGAUGCACAAGAGGGCGCACGCGU